UUCCCUCACACACUAUAUAUAUAGGUGUAUGUGUACAUUAUUUAUUGGGGCAUAUGCAUGUGUGUAUAUAUUUUUCAUAAAUGUGAAGGGUGAGGGCGAAGAACUUGCGCAGCCAAACGUGGUUUUCCAGACACUUCCUGGCUAUGUUGGUGAUUUCUGAGAGCAUCCACCUUGGAUUAUGGAAAUGGAUGGAUGGUAUCAAAGGAAACUGGAGAUAUUUACUCCACUAGUGAGUCACAGACUAACCAGUUGCUUUGAACUCCCGGGGGAUUGCUUUGUGUCUUGAAAUGUACAAUGAAGCAGUUUGGGUCCCCUCCGAAUACGUACAUGGAGAAUAAAAGUUCUGAAGAGAGGAGAGAGAGGCAACAGCAGGAGCAAGAACUUGCCAGAUCAGAAUAUGUCCGAUCUACAAUCCACUGACCACCGAAAUGUCAUAUGCGCCAUAGCAUUGCGUUCUUUAGUUACUACUGAUCUCCAACUCCAAGAUCCAAUUUCCAAACAAUACAAGUCGCAUACGGUUUUAUUCGCCACCGUCUAGAGUGGCUCUUAUGGUGAAAUCUUGUUGGGUCUCUACUCCUCUUAUGUCCUUUUCUAAUUAUUUUUUUGAAAGGUAAUUUUUAUUUUAAUGCAUUUUCGUUUGGUCUACUUUGUCAUGCGCUGUACGACUCAAUUCAUUAUUAAUGCUUUAAGAAUUUAUAAUUUAUUUAACGAACUUAGCCACCUUUGAGGUGUGAAUGCGCGAGCUGUCUCAAGAAAUUCAAUACUUCUUAUGCAUGCAAAUUCCUUUAAUUUCAGUAAAAUAAUUUUUGUAUUCAAGAUUCUUAUGGCUGCCUAAUCAUGGCCAGUUGUGUCUCCUUUUUAUAUACUUACGAAACAGGCCAUUUUCGUGGCUUUGCUUGACGAUCAUCAUGAUAAUAUACCACAUGGCAAGUUUUGAUUCAAUGGUAGAUCCCAAUGACACAUAAAUAAAUUUGAUUUAUUAUAUUCCUUAAAACUUAGAUAAAAGGAGCAUUUGAUACCUUGGCCGACUGGAAAAUAUGCUCUGAAAUUCACUUUAGGGGUCCCAAUUUGGCUUCAGGAAGCAAGACGGUUAUUGAGACUUAGAAAAGGCAAUUCAAAAGUUAAACUCAUGAGAAAAUUGAUAGACACAUUAACUUGUAAAAUCACUUUUGUAGGACCGACGAAGUAAUUCACUUUUGUAGUCGUUCCACCUCGUUGAACUAUACUCGUCGGAAUAAAUAAAAAGUAGGGCUAUUUCAUCAUUUCAUAAUAUGGAAUUAGAUGAUUGAAGAUUAUUUAUUAUAUUCACUUGUGAACCUAUUAUCUAAUGCUAUGGGAUGAUAAGAAAAUAGAUGAUUGAAUAAAUUUUUUUAUAAAUAAAUAGAAGAGAAAUAUGGUCCUAAAAUUACUCAUUGUGUUAUAUCUUGAAAUAUACCCUUCCUUACAAGUCUAGAUCCACUUAUGAAGGAUAGUUUUGUCUUUCUUUUUUUUAUUUUUUUUUAACAAAAUAUUUAAUGGGAAUAAAAUAUAAACCCAUUAAUAUAAUCAUUCUCCCCUAAUGUCAAAGCGGGUCAUAUUCUUGGCACAUGAAGAAUAAUGCCAUGUAUUAUCAUAUGGCUCAAGGUAGUACCAUGUGAAGUUGUGUGCUAUGAUCUAACCAAAAUAUGCCAUCACAAAAUCAUUAAAUAUUUCAUCUUAUCUUCGAGUAGCAGCAACCGACACAUUGACAAAUCUGAAAACAAAAAAAUAAAAGAACAUUGUGAGUGUGGAUUUCGAUUUAUUCACGGCCCUUCUGAUGGGGAAAGCAUGUGGGUGCAGGAGGUAAGAGUUAGAGAACAUGGGAAUAAUUGAAUGAGGCUCAGAAAUCUUCAGGUCCCAAUAUAAAAUUCAAUUAAAUAAAACAUAUGAGCUCUCUCUACUUGCAGAGUUCACAUGUAAAGUUUUAGCAUUUUUGAAUCUGGUCCCUUAUUUAUAGAGGAAGCUUUUGUGCUUGGAAAUGACAAUAGCCAUAGAUAAAACUCCCAACUUUUUCCUCCGUCUUUCUCGGUUUGUUCUCCUUCAUUGGGCUAGCAAAAGAUGGGGAAAAUCAUUUCUGUAUUAGCAAUCUUCUCUGGACUGUGCUUUUUUGCCAUCCAUGUCAAUGCAUUUUCGCCUUCCGGGUGGACUAAAGCUCAUGCUACCUUUUAUGGUGGCAGUGAUGCUUCAGGAACUAUGGGAGGAGCUUGUGGUUAUGGGAACUUGGAUUCUACCGGGUAUGGGACCGGGACUGCAGCCUUAAGUACUGCAUUGUUCAAUGAUGGAGCUUCGUGUGGGCAAUGCUAUAAGAUCAUCUGUGAUUAUAAUGUUGACUCUAAGUGGUGUAAGAAGGGACUGUCUGUGACAGUCACUGCAACCAACUUCUGCCCUCCAAACUAUGAUCUUCCAAGCAACAAUGGAGGCUGGUGCAACCCUCCUCUCCAGCAUUUUGAUAUGGCUCAACCUGCCUGGGAAAAGAUUGGCAUUUACAGCGGAGGGAUUGUGCCUGUGUUGUUCCAAAGGGUUCCCUGCCAGAAGAAUGGUGGUGUUAGAUUCACAAUCAAUGGAAGGGACUAUUUUGAGCUGGUUUUGAUCAGUAAUGUGGCAGGAGCUGGAUCUAUUCAAUCUGUGUCCAUCAAAGGCUCGAAUACUAACUGGAUGGCAAUGUCAAGAAACUGGGGAGCUAAUUGGCAAUCGAAUGCCUAUCUCAAUGGCCAGCCUCUGUCCUUCAAAGUCACCACUACAGAUGGAGAAACCAGACUGUUCCAAAACAUUGUGUCUUCCAACUGGGCUUUUGGCCAAACCUUCUCCAGCGAAGUACAAUUCUAAGCUGAAAAACAGCUUCAGGGUUUGAGGGUUUUGGGGUUGGGAACCCCAUCGGCAGAGGCGUGCUUACCAUUUUACUGAAGCAGCCCGCCACUCUUUUUUUGGGUCGUUGAGGUGGGUAGCACAUAACAGUUCUGGUCGGUGGUUGAGAUGGGGAGCAAACUCAAGAACUCGAGGCUAUUACUUGUUUGCAUUUUUGAACAAAAACAAGGAAUUAUGCUUGAUCCAUCCUCACAACUUUUUGUGGGGGGCUGUGUCGAUUUUGCAUUAUUUGUUGUGGGACACCAAUAAGAAGCUAGCGCACUGAAAAUGCGCUUCAGCCUGUAGAAAAUUUUAAAUUUACGAAAUAUAUAUGCUUGUAAUAUGAAUCUUAUUGUGAUAGUUUCAUUAAUGGGGAAUUGGAGUUUCAUACAAAUUUUUUUGGAUUA